CCCUCCUGCUCCAUCCCCGGUCCCUCCCCGUCCCUCCCCGUCCCUGCCGGUCCCUCCCCGUCCCCCCCGCCCCCCGGGGCUCCCUCCCCGCGCCCGUCCCGCGGAGCCCGGCCGUGCCCGGUGCCAGAGCGGCGGGGGCGGCCAUGGGCAAGGACUAUUACCGCACGCUGGGGCUGGCGCGGGGCGCCUCGCCCGCCGACAUCCGCCGCGCGUACCGGCGGCAGGCGCUGCGCUGCCACCCCGACAAGGACCGCUCCCCCGGCGCCGAGCAGCGCUUCAAGGAGGUGGCCGAGGCCUACGACGUGCUCAGCGACCCCAAAAAACGGGAGAUCUUCGACAAGUACGGGGAGGAGGGGCUGAAAGGGGGAGCCCCCACCCCCGGGCCGGGGGGCUCCAACGGGCCCACCUUCACCUACACGUUCCGCGGCGACCCGCACGCCAUGUUCGCCGAGUUCUUCGACGGGCGCAACCCCUUCGACACCUUCUUCGUGCAGCGCAACGGCGACGAUGAGGACGGCGACGAGGCCUUCAACACCUUCCACGUGGGGGGCUUCGGCAGCGUCAGCUUCCCGCGGGGCCGGGGCGGCGAGGGCCGCAAGCAGGACCCCCCGGUGCUGUACGACCUGCGCGUGUCGCUGGAGGAGAUCUACAGCGGCUGCACCAAGAAGAUGAAGAUCUCCCACAAGCGCCUGGGCCCCGACGGCAAGACGGUGAGGAACGAGGACAAGAUCCUGACCAUCGAGGUGAAGCGGGGCUGGAAGGAGGGCACCAAGAUCACCUUCCCCAAGGAGGGCGACCAGACCCCCAACAACAUCCCGGCCGACGUGGUGUUCGUGCUCAAGGACAAGCCGCACGACGUGUUCCGCCGCGACGGCUCCGACAUCGUCUACCCGGCCAGGAUCAGCCUGCGCCAGGCGCUGUGUGGCUGCACGGUGACGGUCCCCACGCUGGACGGCCGCUCGCUGCCCAUGGUGUUCCAGGACGUGCUCAAGCCGGGGGUGAAGCGCCGCGUGCCGGGGGAGGGGCUGCCCCUGCCCCGCUGCCCGGAGCAGCGCGGGGACCUCGUCAUCGAGUUCGAGGUCAAGUUCCCCGACAGGAUCGCCCCGGCCUCCAAGCCCCUCCUGGAGCAGAUCCUGCCCCCCUAGGGCCCCCCAAACCCCGCCCGGGGGCCGCGGACUCGGGGGGACCCCCCGGAACACCCCCGGCUCGGGGGGGCUCCUCCUCGGGGGGUUUUGGGGUGUCCCUGCCUGUCCCAGGGGGGUUUUGGGGUCACCCUGCCUGUCCCAGGGGGGUUUUGGGGGUGUCCCUGCCUGACCCGGGGGUUUUGGGGUCACCCUGCCUGUCCCAGGGGGGUUUUGGGGUGUCCCUGCCUGUCCCAGGGGGGUUUUGGGGUCACCCCUCUCUCCUGGGGGGUUUUGGGGUCACCCUGCUCUCCCGGCGGAUUUUGGAGUCACCCCGCUAUCUCAGGGGGUUUUGGGGUCACCCCGCUGUCCCGGGGGUUUUGGGGUGUUCCUGUUCCUGAUCUCAGAGGGGUUUUGGGGUCACCCCGCUGUCCCGGGGGUUUUGGGUGUCCCUGUCCCCAGUCUUGGAGGGGUUUUAGGGUCACCUCCGCUAUCUCAGGGGGUUUUGGGUGUCCCUGUUCCUGAUCUCGGAGGGGUUUUGGGGUCACCCCGCUGUCUCAGGGGGGUUUUGGGGUGUCCUUGUCCCCAGUCUCGGAGCUCAGAGCGGUUUUGGGGUCACCCCACCCUCCUGGGGGGUCACCCUGCUAUCUCAGGGGGUUUUGGGGUCACCCCGCUGUCCCAGGGGGUUUUGGGGUGUCCUUGUCCCCCCCAUCUCGGAGCUCAGAGCGGUUUUGGGGUCACCCUGGCGUCCCGGGGGGUUUUGGGGUGUCCCUGUCCCCAGUCUUGGAGGGGUUUUGGGGUCACUCUGCUAUCUCAGGGGGUUUUGGGGUGUCCCUGUCCCCAGUCAGAGCUCAGAGCGGUUUUGGGGUCACCCCGCUGUCCCGGGGGUUUUGGGGUGUCCCUGUCCCUGAUCUCGGAGGGGUUUUGGGGUCACCCCGCUGUCCCGGGGGUUUUGGGGUGUCACUGUCCCCAGUCUCGGAGCUCAGAGCGGUUUUGGGGUCACCCCACCCUCCUGGGGGGUCACCCUGCUAUCUCAGGGGGUUUUGGGGUCACCCCGCUGUCCCGGGGGAUUUUGAGGUGUCCUUGACUCCCCCCAUUUUGGGGGUCCCGGGGGGUUUUGGGGUCACCCACCUGUCCCAGGGGGUUUUGGGGUGUCCCUGUCCCCAGUCUUGGAGGGGUUUUGGGGUCACCCCGCUGUCCCGGGGGGUUUUGGGGUCACUCUGCUAUCUCAGGGGGUUUUGGGGUGUCCCUGUCCCCAGUCCUGGAGGGGUUUUGGGGUCACCCCGCUGUCCCGGGGGGUUUUGGGGUGUCCCUGUCCCCAGUCAGAGCUCCGAGGGGUUUUGGGGUCACCUCGCUCUCCUGGGGGAUUUUGGGGUCACCCCGCUGUCCCGGGGGGUUUUGGGGUCACCCCGCUAUCUCAGGGGAUUUUGGGGUUUCCCUGUCCCCGAUCUCGGGGGGUUUUGGGGUCACCCCCGCUAUCUCAGGGGAUUUUGGUGUCUCCUUUGUGCCCUUUUGGGGGGUCCCAAAGUGGCUUUCAGGGUCUUGGGGUGUCCUUGUCCCCCCCUCUGCUCUGGGUGUCCUCGACCCCCUCAUUUUGGGGGUCUCCAGCUGUCCUUGUCCCCCCAUUCUGGGGGUCUCGGGGGUCCCCAGGUGCCCCCCUCCCCCAAAUUUGGGGUCAUGGGGUCUUCAGGUGUCCUUGUCCCCCCCAUUUUGGGGGUCUUCGGGUGUCCAUGACCCCCAGUUUUGGGGGUCUUGGGGUCUUCAGGUGUCUCUGUCCCCCCACUUUGGGGGUCUCUGGGUGUUUUUCUCACCCCUCCCCCCAUUUUGGGGGUCUCUGUCCCCCCAUUUUGGGGGUCCCCGGCUCCUUGCCCCCCCCCCAUUUUGGGGUCCCCACCCGUCCUUGCACCCCCCCC